UCUCUGUCCUGCCUGCUUAGCGUUCUCUCACUGCUUUUCUUCACUGUUCUUGCACGAAAGAGAUCUAGGGUGACAGGAAAGUGAUGAUUCAUCUGACAUCAGAUGGAGUCCUUUUUAUUUGCCCUUUUGUUGGCCUCAGUCUCUGAUAUUGGGAACAUCCGUGUUAUGUUUGUGAAUGUUUUUAUUUCACGGAAGACACACAUGGAUUGCAGUGGGACUCUGAUGAUUUAAAGGUCUGAUGCGUGUGGCUGUCUGGUAGCUCUUUGUUUUCCACAAUCCUUUGACCAGAAAAAGAAAUCAAAGUGUGUUUUAAUCAUGCUGACCAGCGAGGGCCAGGGAUUCCUUCACUUUGGUUUGUGUCUCUGGUUGUGUAUGUUCAUACCUUUCUUUAAAGGCUCUGCAGGCUGUGCAUCUGAAGAGAGGCUCUUUCACAAACUGUUUUCUCAUUAUAACCAGUUCAUUAGGCCUGUGGAAAACGUUUCUGAACCAGUCACGGUGCAUUUUGAAGUGGCCAUCACACAGCUGGCCAAUGUGGAUGAAGUAAACCAGAUCAUGGAAACCAAUCUGUGGCUACGUCACAUAUGGAAUGAUUAUAAAUUGCGCUGGGACCCAAUGGAAUAUGAUGGCAUUGAGACUCUUCGUGUUCCUGCAGAUAAGAUAUGGAAGCCUGACAUCGUUCUCUACAACAAUGCUGUUGGUGACUUCCAAGUUGAAGGCAAGACAAAAGCUCUUCUUAAAUAUGAUGGCAUGAUAACCUGGACUCCACCAGCUAUUUUCAAGAGUUCCUGUCCUAUGGAUAUCACUUUUUUCCCUUUUGAUCAUCAAAACUGUUCCCUUAAAUUUGGUUCCUGGACAUAUGACAAAGCCGAAAUUGAUCUUCUAAUCAUUGGAUCUAAAGUGGAUAUGAAUGAUUUUUGGGAAAACAGCGAAUGGGAAAUUGUUGAUGCCUCUGGCUACAAGCAUGACAUAAAAUACAAUUGUUGUGAGGAGAUAUACACAGAUAUAACCUAUUCUUUUUACAUUAGAAGAUUGCCAAUGUUUUAUACCAUUAAUCUAAUCAUCCCUUGUCUCUUUAUUUCAUUUCUAACUGUGCUUGUCUUUUACCUACCUUCUGACUGUGGUGAAAAGGUGACACUUUGUAUUUCAGUUUUGCUUUCUCUGACUGUGUUUUUGCUAGUAAUCACGGAAACCAUCCCAUCCACGUCUCUUGUGAUCCCACUGGUGGGUGAGUACCUACUGUUCACCAUGAUCUUUGUCACCCUGUCCAUUGCGGUGACUGUGUUUGUGUUGAACAUUCAUUAUCGCACCCCAACGACACACACCAUGCCCAAGUGGGUGAAGACAGUUUUCCUCCAGCUGUUACCCCAGAUCUUGAUGAUGAAGAGGCCUCUGGACAAGAUGAAGGAGACAAGUUCAGAUAAAAAUUCCAAAGGCAUUUCUGGUAGGCCCACCAAAGUCAAUUUUGAUAAUUGCAGAGAGACCAAACUUCCUAAAGAAUGCUGCCACUGUCAUAAAUCAAGUGAGCUUGCCACCAGCAAGAGAAGAUUAAGUCAUCAGCCUUUACAAUGGAUGACUGAAAAUUCAGAACACUCGUCUGAUGUUGAAGAUGUAAUUAACAGUGUACAAUUCAUAGCAGAAAACAUGAAGAACCAAAAUGAAACAAAGAAGGUAGAAGACGACUGGAAAUACGUAGCCAUGGUGGUGGACAGAGUAUUUCUUUGGGUGUUUAUAAUUGUCUGUGUGUUUGGAACUGCAGGGCUAUUUCUACAGCCACUACUGGGGAACACUGGAAAGUCUUAGGAUGUAUUUUCCUUUUAUCUUUUGAAACUUACAGAUGCUGUAUUUGUUCUAUGUUCCCUUCCAUGAGGAAAGGGACAUAAAGCUUUCCACCUAAGUCCCCCAUCUACUGAAGCUGAUGGUUAGAUGGAAAAAGAGGACUUUAUUGCAAAUUUGGAGGCUGAAUGCCCUCCUUUGUAGCACAGAGCACAUUUAAGAUGUUUGAUAACACUGGAGCCCAGAAUUGGUGGCACCCACAGGCUUCUCUUCUCUGUACAUGUUUGACUUCCAGGGACAUAAACAACCCGUAAUACAACAAGCCAUGUAAUCAACAUCAAAGCCAUGCUAAAAAGGCAUUCUCUUGUACCUCCAGUUUAUGCUACUUGUCAGUAUAUUGACACAUGCCAGACACAAAACUCUGGAGCUUGUACCUUGCUGGCAUCUGCAAUGCUUGGGAACUGUUAUGUGCUUGCUUUCUAAAACGUGCCUCUGGGAUGUACUCACACACUUCAACACUUUUUGAUAUAUUAAUUGGCAAAAAGUAAUAGCAGGUAGUCAGAGUCUAUCUCAGCAGGCUGCAUCAAGUUAGCAUUCAUCUGGCAAACAGCUUGAGUGGUAACCCAGCACUGUGCUAGGCAUUGCAAGCACAACAGAAAUGGGUUCUGUCCCCAAGUGCUUGCAGCUUUUUAGGAAAAGUCAUAAACACAAAGAUCUCCAACACCAGGUAUCAUGGGAAUGUAACUAAAGCAGCCAAAAUAAGGAGAGCAUGAUGUGGUAUGGCCAUGCAAACAUGAAGCAGGCUUUGCGGCAGGUCAGAGAGGUGUCUGUUCUUGCCAGCAGUUUCCAUAUGUUCAUUGUAGCUGAGACUGCAAAUAAAGUUAUUUCUUCUGCAAGAAAUUGUGAUUUUGUACCUUUUUGGAGCAAUACCUUUUCUGAGAAGGAGCACCUUGGGAAUUCUGUUUUAUUCCACUCUAAUUUAUCUUCAUAUUUGUUGUAUAAAUAUUAUUGUAAUUUUAAAGAUGUAUUUCAAAGCAGAAAAAAAUAAAUCUACUCUAACAAAGAAACUAA